AUGGAUAACCAGAUCUGUGGAGAAGGAGGUGCCCUCUUUUGGCAAAGGGCGGUAAUUUUUAUGGCUUUGAUACUAGAGGCAUAUCACCGACUGAAGGGUUUCACUCCCGACCUCUCUAAGAGGCGCCGUUGCCUGGGGCGCUCCUCGGCCCCACGGCCGGGGCUGAGCACAGGCCGGGAGGGAAGGGGGAGCCCCUUGUCCCCCUGUGAGAGGUGGAGGCAGCGGGGCGGCCCGCCCUGCCAGCUGCUCUCCUGGAGCACCGGGGACACCCUCGGGGACGGCGGUCGCGCCUCUGCCGCGGGGAGCGACCCUCGGGGCGGUGGAGGACACCGUCGGGGGCGCGACCCGGGCGGAGGAGCCCCGCGGGGGGAGGGCGGGCGGGGCGAGCUUGGGCGCGCGAUCCGCCUGCCCCCGGCCUACCAGGCAGGAGGCGCUGGCGAUGCUGUCCUGCGCUCCCGCUCCGGACGGUGUCGGGGCGGGGGCAGGAGGGAUAUGAAACUGGGGGCACGGGAGCCCGCCCGGCGGGCGGGUGGGCUGAGAGGCUAUGCGGGCGGGGGGACGGGGCGGCGGUUCCUCGCCGCAGGAUUUGCGCUGCAGCCCGAAGCGCGUCCGCCGCGCCACUGCCCCGGGGCGGAGGUCCGGCCGGCUCCCGGCGAUGCUCGCGCCGCCGGGCUCCGCGGCGCCUUGAGCCCCACAGCCCGCGACGGCGGGGCGGUGCGUGAUGCGGCGGCCGGCAGCGGGGCCCGCCCGGGUCGCCUGAACGCGGACAACGCGCGGUUCCUCCUGCUGGCGGUGCUGAUCGUGCUCUACAUGCUGUGCGGCGCCGCCGUCUUCUCGGCCAUCGAGCUGCCCACGGAGCGGGAGGCCAAGGAGCGCUGGAGGAACGGCGGGAUUGGAGAACUUCACCCGGGCCCAACUCAGCCGCGCGAGCUCCGGCUCUUUCUCCGGGAGUACGAGGGGCCAACGUGGCCGGGCAUCCGUGUCGAUGACAUCCGGCCCCGAUGGGACUUCACCGGCGCUUUCUACUUCGUGGGCACCGUCGUUUCCACUAUCGGGUUUGGUAUGACCACCCCAGCCACCGUUGGAGGCAAAAUUUUUCUCAUAUUUUACGGCCUUAUAGGAUGUGCAGGGACCAUUUUGUUCUUUAACCUGUUCCUGGAACGCUUGAUCACAGUCAUAGCUUAUGUCAUGAAGUCCUGCCACGAAAGACAGCUGAGGAGGAAAGGCGUUCUCCCUCACAACGGCCGGCGGGGCUCAGGGACAUCUGAGGUGGACAGCCUGGCGGGCUGGAAGCCCUCUGUGUACUAUGUCAUGCUGAUUUUAUGUGUAGCAUCACUCAUCAUUUCCUGCUGUGCCUCUGCAAUGUAUACACCAAUUGAAGGGUGGAGUUACUUUGACUCACUUUACUUCUGCUUCGUGGCCUUCAGCACCAUAGGUUUUGGUGACCUGGUCAGUAGCCAGAACAUCAAGUAUGAAAGCCAAGGCCUUUACCGCUUUGGCAAUUUCGUCUUCAUACUCAUGGGGGUGUGCUGCAUCUAUUCCUUAUUCAAUGUGAUCUCUAUUGUGAUCAAACAAUCCAUAAACUGGAUAUUAAAGAAGUUGUCCUGCAAGUGCUGCCACAGAUGCCAAAGAAGAUUAUUUCGUUCAAGGAGGAACGUGGUAAUGCCUGGAAAUGUGCGCAGCCAGAGAAACAUCUCCAUCGAGACUGAUGUUGUCAAUGAGAGUGACACAGAUGGACGCCGUCUGUCAGGAGAGAUGAUCUCCAUGAAAGACUUCCUGGCCUCAAAUAAAGUCUCAUUGGCCAUCAUGCAGAAACAGCUGUCAGAAACUGCUAAUGGGUAUCCAAGGCAAAUGAGCUGUAAUUCAAAGCAAAACGGAUUCUCUGGUGGGGUUGGAGCCCUGGCAAUUAUGAAUAACAGACUGGCAGAGACAAGUGUGGAUAGGUAAAAUUGUAACAGUAAUAACAGUGAAACAGUGUGAGCCAUUUCAACAAGUAUUGAAACAAUGUGAAUCAAGUGGAAGUAGCUAGGGAGAGAGUGCCACCAGAGGCUGGGAUGAAUGUGAAGGGCAUACCUCCUGAUGGAAGACCGCUGACACUUUUUGGGGGCUGUCACUUAAUGUUUUUGAAUUGCACCAGUCCCAGCCUUCCUUAUUUCCCAUCCCUCUGCUUCUCAAGCAGGUCACUGCAGAAGGAAUUUAAUUUAGCCUCCAGAUCAAAUUUCCAUGUCCUGUUCUUUUCCAUUUAUGUGAGACACAGAUUUCAGGAUAAGAAAUAUGUGGGAUGGGAAGAAACCAAGUGUGUCUUCUGAACACAUCCUUAAUUCAAAGGGUUUUUUUGAGCUUUCUGUUUUAUUCUCAUCAUACCUGUUUCCUGAAAGUAGUUCAUCUGAGACCAAAAGAGGAAUAAGACUUUCUCUAUGAUAUUGCAGAUCUAAUUUAAUGAAAAAUAGUAUGAAAGUUGGUAGGUAUAUUUUUGGGUUAUUGUGAUGCGAAUGAGGAGAGAAUUUUGCCCUUAGAAUUUAAUUUAGUCUUUCCUUUAAGAGGAUACUGUCAAAAGUGAUAGAAUAAAAAUUUAUCCUACUUUUGUUUUCUUCUCUUCAUUUGCAAAACAUGAUUUUUUUUCAAGGCUACUUUUUCUUCUAGAAUCGAAUCACUGUGGCUUUCUGUUUCAAAAAUAUCAAAUUAAAUUAAAAACUGAUGUAUUUAUGAGUGGUAUGAAUUAUUCGACAGUAGCAAUCAGAGACUUUUCAACUUUCUGUUCAUAUUUGGCUCAGUUGUGACUGAAGCAACUGAGUAUCAGCAUUGUGUAGUGCAACUAGUAACUGAGUUUACGCAACAGGCUUUAGUAUGCAAUUAGAUUGUCAUGCCAGCAUCCAGGUAUUAUUAUAAAUGACUGUGAUCACAGAAUCACUUUGGCAGUGUCCUUUUUCUCUUUCAUGUAAUUCUGUAAUUCUUCCCCUGUUUCUCUGGCUUUUGGUGAUGAUAAUGACAGGAUCCUGAUUAGGGAGGUAGAAAAUGUUUAACUCCUCGUUUUUCUCAAUGAAAUGUUCUGAGUGUUCAUUAUGACUAGAAAAGAAAUUUCAAUGAGAAGAGUAAUUACAGUGAGAAGAACAUGAAAACAGGAAAAGAGGUGAUCUUUAAUGACAGUGAAAUCAUCCUUUUUAAUAGGUAACUGGAGAAAUAAGGGAUCAAAUUACCAUAAAGUCUGGAAAGAAUUUAAGGCAGACUGGGCUGAAUUCCUGAUUCUCCUUUAUCCAUGCAAUGCAUUAAAGCUAAAUAGUAUAUAAGAGUGUAAAUAAGCAGAGUUGGUCACAAAGGACUGGAAAGGAGUAGUACAUGCAUCAGGACUAAAUGUUGCCUCACAGCCAGAAAGACUUUCAGAAUACUACCAUUUUAGGGAAUUUAAAACACCAUAUGCAGUUCUCAUUUUCUCUCAUACAGAACAAUGCAAAUAGCCUCUUCAGUUUAAUUUCUAUUGGGAAUUAAUAACAUAUCCUAUUUCUUCAUUCUGGCCAAAAGUUCUUUUAUUUAGGUUUCUAAUACUGUAGAAUAACAUUUUGAUACACAUUUAAAGCAAUAUUUGAAUUUGAAAACAAAAACUUGGAAUUCUUUCAUAUAAUAAACUAACCCCAGAUAUUCAACAAAUGUAUUUAACCAGUGAAAAGAAUUGCAGUCUCUUUUGACUUUAUUAGAGGUAAAAUCCUAUUUAAAGUCAAAUCCUACUGUCCUUAGUUACAAGGAAAGCUUAAAGCUGAAGUCAUUAGUCCAAAUUCUGAUAUUUAUCAACUCAACUGUGCAGCAGUGGAAUAACCCUAGCAGUAUCCCUUCAUAUUUGCAUCCAUGUAAAAGCUAAACCAGCUCCCAAACCCUAACUUUGGUGAGAAAAGCAGUCUUAUUUGGUUUUUUGUGGAGUUACAUAUUAGCAAAAAUUGCCACAGAGUUAAUUUAGAUGGUAUUAUAAUACCCAAGAUCCAUUACAUUGUUACAUUACAUUUUUUUUUAUCCCAAGACGUUCUUUGUCUCAACCUCACUGAAUAAAAAUACUUGGAUAUAAAAAGAGAAAAGUACUAUUCUGAAGCCUUCUUUUGAGUUUCAUCCAGCAAUACUUCUGUUCAC